AUUAUCAUAAAAAUCGUAAAGAAAUUUAGUAUGAAUAUUUCAUUGGUUUUUAAAAGUACUGAAUGAUUAACUUAACGAACCAAUUGAUAGCAGUUAGAAAUUUGAAUCAUUGCUAAAAUUCAUUUAUUUUGAAAAAUGUCCACAUCUGUGAAAGAUUUUGGUAAAGCAUCGUGGGUGGAAGUGUAUAACCGUAUUAUUGGUGCGGUAGUUUUCUUGGAUGACUACAGUGCUGAGUGCUUACAUUGGGAUGGCGGACUCUUCAAACUUCUUAGUGGAGGGGCAGUUGCUGUUAAGCGCUUAGCGUCAGUAGAGCGUUGUAAGAAUGACCAACGAAAAGCAGUUUUCAUAACUCAAACAAAUCGAGAUCAACUAAGAGCUAUUGGUGAAAUCAUACGCAAUAGCAAUUUCACACAUUGCAUUCUUGUGUCCUGUGUGAGCUUAGAUGUUGUUUACUUGGAGCUAAAUGACGGACUUAGAGAUGUGACGGAUACCUUAGCUGCAGGGAGAGCAGCAGCCGAAGGAGCUCAUUUGUUGGAACAGAUGCUUCUUUCGUGGAAUAAUAAAAGGCAAUCUGUCAUGGAAGUUGUAUACAUUCCAAUAUUCACCAUAGCACCAACAAACGUUGUAUUCCUGACACCGCCAUACCAGAAAGUUUACCCCAAGUUUGAUAAAAAGCUAACAACAAAUAUGCCAACUUUAGAUUUGUAUACUCUAAGCAGCGAUGAAAGGUCUCAGAUGCGGAGGUUGGCAAGUGCACUGAACACAAUGUUUGAAUCAAUGAAUCUGAAGGAAGAUAUCUUUUAUAUGGGUCCGUUCAGUUUACUGCUUGCUGGUGUGUUGGAAAAUUCUCCUGUCUACAUAUCUAGGAGAAAGAACUGUACAAAUCCAGUGUCUUUGAUCAUCGUUGACCGCACUUUGGACCUAUGUGGUGUGACCAGCCACUCCAUGGAGUCAAUUCUUGACAAAGUUUUGGCAGUGCUGCCGAAGUUCCCAGGACAUUCCACUGACGUUGCGGUAGAUAUGUCUCCAAUUUGUGAGGCUAACGUUGUUAGUCAUCCGGAUGAUUUGCAACUUAGUCCCGGUUGCCUUUACCAUGCUGACGAUGAAUCGUGCGUGCAGACGUACGACCACAUGAUCAAUAAGUCGCAGAAAGAGGUGAUGUUCGAUCUUUACAACAAACUGUCCAAACUUGACGUUCAGAAGUCACCGGGGCCGAAGACUCUGUUGAAAGUUACACCUCAGAGCGUUGAGAAAAUAAUUGCGGCGUCUAAAGGAAACUAUGACGUAAUUGCCAAUCAUCUGGGCGUUUUACAACAAGCUUUGGGUGUCGUGCACGCUCUGAAGUCGCCCAAAGGUGUGCAGUUUGAUUUGCUUAUGAGUUUGGAGAAACAAGUUAUGCAGAGCUUAGCGGCUAGCAGGGAGUCUACUAGUGUGCUCAAUCAGUUAAGCCAGCUGAUAAGGAAACGUAGAGAACGGAAUCUGUCGCUAGAAAGUCUGUUAGCCCUCCUUAUACAUGUAUACUCUUUGUCCGGCUCAGAAGUUGCAUUUAACAGUCAGCACGAAGAAUAUCUACAGCAGGCGCUUUGUGUGGCCAUAUUUGAAGACCAUAAUACUUUAUCAAUCGAGGGCGAAUAUAUUGCAUCACCGGAAGUAUGUGAACAGAAAUCGAAAAAUGUAAUUUGCCAAUUGAAAGAGAUUUCGCAAAUGAGAAAGGUUCUGCAAAAGUACACCUCUGUGCUGAAGCCUUGUGAGACGGGCACCGGCCACGAGUACCGAGGAGUUCUGCAGCAGCUGGUAGAUGAUCUGGUUAAUAUGGACAGACCAGAAUUGACUGACCUGCGGCACAGGAAUGACGGCAUCAAGGACUUCUUGAGGACCGGACUGAACAUCCUAACGAGUAAGAAGAAGGCACCAAAGCAUCCAUUAGACAACCCAACCGUGAUACUAUUUGUGGUGGGAGGCAUCACAGCAGAAGAGUGCAAACAGCUGCACCGAAGUGUUAUCACCAGCGGAGUUGACAAUGUGGUUCUGAUAGGUUCCACUAAGUUUGUCACCCCUGUCGAAGCCAUGAGAGACGCGAUAAACUUAUAGCGGUGUCGAUACCGGGUUGUUGUCCCGCGUGAACAACCCGAGGUUCGACGGUCUUCGCACGCGUAGAAUCUUGUUUAUGUAUUUUUAAGUGUUACAGUACCACUGUUGACAAUGUGGUACCUACUUAUAAGUUUGGCUAAGUGUCACUACUGUCGAAGCCAUGAGAGAUGCGAUCAACUUAAAGUGGUGUCGAUAUCGGAUUGUUCACCCGCGUGAAAAACUAGAGGUAAGGCGGUCUUUGCACGCGUAGGAUCUUGUUUUGUAUAAAUUUUAUAAGGGGCUGAGUUCGAUGAUUUUAGUAUAGUAUAUAUGUAUUUAUGUAUAUUUAUAGCGAUUUCUAGGAAGGUAAUUGUUACCUAUUACCGCUACACCACUAAUGGUUGACAUCUUGAUAGCUUAGACUGAAUAGUAUAAAUAAACAUUUUAUUAUUAAUAUUUCUUUGUAAAAAUCUAGAAAAGGUUAAGGUAAGGUUAAGGUGAACUGCGCAAAAUAUAUGACUUUAAAAAAAGGUAAAUGCUAUUCAUAUAAACAAAUAACAUUGGUAACAUUGUGUACCACUAAUUUUAGGAUUGGUCCCAUGAAAUAAUAAUUAUUUUUACUCGUUACAUCCGUUAGUAACUGUUAUACUAUCUGCUAAUAGAUAUUUUGUUUGAACUGUUAAUGUCAACCAAAGUUUAUAAUCGGAAGGUUACACUGUAAUUAAAAUAUCGAUAAUAAAAUAAAACUUAUUGUAAAAUCGUUUACAAUAUCGUUUAAGCGUCGAAAGAUGCGUAAAGAUAUGUAUGUAACCCUGUCUCAUUGUGGGAGGAGACCCGUGCCCCGUAGUGGGCCGAGACCCGUGCCCCGUAGUGGGCCGAGACCCGUGCCCCGUAGUGGGCCGAUAAUGGUAUGAUAUGAUGAUGUUAUGUACAUAUGAAUUUAGCUUAGUUAUUUUAUGUAUACAAAGAACAUAUUCAUUCUUUGUCGUAUAAAAAUUGAGGUGUGUUGUUGAUAUCGUGAACUUCUGGGAAUAUCACUAAAUUUCAAAUGUAAUUCGUAAUUAUAUUUCAUUCCACAUCAAAUAAAUAUAAAAAGACGAUGAAUGA